AUGAACGACCAAACUCUGAACACUCCUCUUCCCGGAGAUGGAGCUGCCGGCCAGAUUGAUGAUCAGUCGUCGGCUACCAUGCUCGACCUCACCAGCUUUCAGCUACACGAUCUCACCUCCGUAGAGUUGCCGCCGACGCUCACCGAAUUAGACCUCACGGCCAAUCGCUUGUCCAGCUUGGACCCAAGGAUUGCCCACCUCGCUAACCUCACCAAGCUCUCUCUCCGCCAGAACCUCAUCGAUGACGCCGCCGUCGAGCCCCUCUCCCAUUGGGACCUCCUCUCCGGCAUCGAGGCAAACCCUCCCUUGUCCCUUCAUCUUCUUAAAUCCUUAAUUAAGCUUCGCCUGUCAUUGAUUAUUCUUCAUUUGACUGAUUAA